AUGGCAUCUCCAACAUCUGACCGAGAUGUACUUCCCGAUUCUGUCAAGCCUUCUCAUUAUGCGCUUUCUGUUUACGACAUCGAGUUAGGAGGAGCUUUCAGCUAUCAAGGCACAGUCAACAUUGACAUCAAAGUUGUCAAGCCCACCAAGGAAAUUACCUUGAAUGCUUUGCAACUCAAGAUACAUGAAGCAGAGGUAGUUUUGACUUCUGGAAAGACCUCGCAUUCUAUCAAGUCCAGUGAGAUAUCUUAUGAUAGUAAGAAACAGCGUGUGACUUUAAGCUUCCCAGAUGAGUUGUCUAUCUCCGAAAGUGCCAACCUAUCAAUCAAAUAUCAAGGAACAGUCAACAAUGAUAUGGCGGGUUUUUACUAUUCAAAAUAUAAACCCCAAGUCACACCAGCUGCGUCUGUUCCUAAGGUUGAUGAUUUUCACUGCAUGUACAGUACUCAAUUCGAGUCAUCUGAUGCUCGUAGAGCUUUCCCAUGUUUCGAUGAGCCUAACUUGAAGGCCACUUUUGACUUCGAGAUCGAAAUCCCUAAGGAUCAAACUGCUUUGAGCAAUAUGCCUGAGAAGGGAUCGAGAGAUUCUAAGGAUGGGUAUCACUUCAUCGAAUUUGAAAGAACGCCAAUCAUGAGUACCUAUCUUCUCGCCUGGGCAAUGGGAGAUUUCGAGUACAUCGAGGACUUCACAAAACGCAAGUAUAAUGGGAAGCCAAUCCCUGUCCGUGUCUAUACUACUAGAGGCUUGAAGAGCCAAGCACAAUAUGCACUUGAUCAUGCACCUAAAGUCAUUGACUUAUUUUCGGAAAUUUUUGACAUCGACUAUCCACUUCCUAAAGCUGAUUUACUUGCUGUACAUGAAUUUGUUACCUAUCGCACGACAGCUGUAUUGUUUGACGAGAAAACUUCCGACACAAAAUUUAAAAACAGAAUUGCAUAUGUCGUUGCGCACGAACUCGCCCAUCAAUGGUUUGGAAACCUAGUCACUAUGGACUGGUGGAGUGAGCUUUGGCUUAAUGAGGGUUUCGCUACCUGGGUUGGAUGGCUGGCGACAGAUCAUUUCCAUCCAGAUUGGUGUGUAUGGCCCCAGUUCGUGGCUGAGGGUAUGCAGACUGCAUUCCAGUUGGAUUCGUUACGUAGCUCGCAUCCUAUUGAAGUACCAGUUAAAGAUGCUCUAGACGUUGAUCAAAUUUUCGAUUCCAUCAGCUACCUUAAAGGUAGCUCUGUGCUUCGAAUGCUGGCCACGCACCUUGGUCAAAAGACUUUCUUGAAGGGAGUUUCAGAUUACCUAAAAGCUCACGCUUAUGGCAAUGCCACAACACAAGAUCUAUGGUCAGCUCUGAGCGAAGCUUCGGGCCUAGAUGUGAAAGCUAUCAUCGAUCCAUGGAUUACCAAGAUGGGCUACCCUGUUCUGACUGUUACUGAAGAACCUGGACAAAUCAGCAUCAAGCAAAGUCGUUAUCUCUCCACGGGAGAUGUUAAACCUGAAGAUGACGAAACAACUUGGUGGGUGCCUUUGGAUUUGCAAGGAAAAGUUGGAACCCAAGGAGCACAGCAAGUCGCCUUUGAACGAAAAGAAGAUACAAUCAAAGAUAUUGACGACUCUUUCUACAAGAUCAACACCGACACUGCAGGAUUUUAUCGUGUCAAUUAUCCACCAGCAAGGCUUGCCAAGCUUGGAUCACAAUUGGAUCGCCUCAGCUUGACUGAUAAAAUCGGUCUCAUUGCUGAUGCGGGUGCACUCGCAAUAUCAGGACAAGCAGCAACUCCAGCGUUCUUGACUUUGGUGCAAGGUUUAUCUGAUGAAUCUAACUACUUAGUUUGGACAAAGAUCCUGGGACCCAGUGGCACUAUCAAGUCGGUGUUCUCCGAUGAUGACGCAAUCUCGGAUGGUAUGAAGGCAUUUUUACUAAAAUUGGUCACUCCAGCGGCGGAAAAGAUAGGCUGGGAACAACCUAUGGAUGAAGAUUUUCUUAAGUCUCAGCUUCGACCUUUAUUGAUACUUUCUGCUGGUAUCAAUGGCCACAAAGAAAUUAUCACCGAAGCUAAACGUCGCUUCGAUUUGUACACAAGCGGCAAGGACAAGUCGGUCAUUCAUCCAAGUCUGAGAACUGCAAUUUUUGGCCUUUCCGUUCGAUACGGUGGGCAAUCUGAAUAUGAUGCUCUGAAAAAAGAGUAUCGCGAAACAACUUCCAUUGAUGGUAAAGAGAUUACGCUCCGUGCAAUGGGACGUGUUCAAACUCCAGAACUUAUCGCCGACUAUUUUGAAUUUCUCUUCAAUGAAGUUGCAACACAAGAUGUCCACACAGGUGCAGCUGCUCUUGCGGCAAAUACCAAGACACGUUACCAGCUUUGGCAAUAUAUUCAAGAUAACUUCGAUCCAAUCAAGGAGAGGCUAUCUGCCAACAUGGUUGUCUUCGAUCGAUUUAUUAAGCUUUCUCUAGCUACCUUUAGUGAUGAUGAUAUCAACAAGCAAAUUGAAAAGUUCUUUGAGAAUAAAGACAACAGAGGCUAUGAUCGAUCAUUGGCUAUUAUUGCCGAUACUAUCAGGGGAAGAGCGGCUCUCAAAGCUAGAGAUAGGGAGGUUAUCCUCGAAUGGGUGAAAACCAAUGGUUAUUGCUGA